AUGGGCUGUGUGCAAUGCAAGGAUAAGGAAGCAACCAAACUCACAGACGACAGAGACACCAACAUCUCCCAGGGAGCUGGGUACCGCUAUGGGGCAGACCCCACGCCACAGCACUACCCCAACUUCGGGGUCACCGCCAUUCCCAACUACAAUAACUUCCACGCCCCUGUCGGACAGGGAAUGACCGUCUUUGGUGGGGUCAGCACUUCCUCUCACACUGGGACGCUGAGGACUCGCGGUGGGACAGGUAAGGAGCAGAUGGAUUUAGAGCAGUGAUUCUUUACUGGUCUAACUCCAGGGACCACCAUCACCUCUUUACGACAAGCAACAUUUUCAAUUUCUCACAUUUAUUUAAUAAAAAGAUGUUGCAGCUAGAACGGGAGACAGUACAGAGUUUCUCCAUGUGCAAAACCACAAAAAAAAACUGUUAAAUGUUAAACCAAAUUGACCCACAGGUAGUGGUGCUACAGAGGGAAAUAUUCCCUUUCACAUUCAAUUAGCUGCAUUUUAAUCAAAAACUUAAAAGUGCAUUAAAAGGACACAAGGUUUGAAGAACAUUAAUGUAACUGCAUUUGUGGAUACAGACAGAACAGCCCCGUCUUAAUAAUAGUCAAACAAUAACUCUUAAUCAGGCAUUGAUCAUGCUGCUGUCACAACAGACAUAUCGCUUCAGUAACUUCAGCAUUUUUUAAUGGACUCACAGAUAUGAAUCAAAACAAUGCAACCACCGAGAAACAUGGAGCUUUAGCUGAGAAUACACACUCACUGAUGAGGUUUUUACAGAGGACAGUUCCUUCUCUGUGAAAACCUGCCAACUGCUCUUUUUCUUUCUUUCUCUAAUUCGCUUCAAAAUAUUUAUUUCAUUUGAUAAUUUGUUGAUUUAAAAACAAUUCGUUUCAGCCUAUAUGUACACAUGUGUAAUGGAGAGGAGGUGUGUGCUCUCAGCGUCAGACUUUUGCAUUAUACAGACACGUUAAAGGGCAGGGAGCUCUCAGAAUAGAGCGAUACCACCAAAUACAACUUAAUUCAUGAAAAUAAAUAUCUCUUUUUCAAAGAGGGUGUACUGGCCAUGAAAUUAAAAUUGCUGGGAAAGUCUUCCUUUAAAAUGUACCACACAUUGACUAAGUGCUGGGAGAUAUGGCCUUAAAUAGAUUUCACAGUAUUAUGAGCAGUUCAUCUCGAUAAUGAUAAAUGGACGAUAACUACUCCACAAGCUACAACUUUUGAACCAUCCUCCAUCUCCUCACCUGUCUUUCCCUCUUUGUUACGGACUGGAUGGAGUGGAGUCAUGUCUCUAAUGUAGGACAGCGUCUUAAAGAGACAUGAGACCAUAGCCUACCCACACACAUCCAAAACCAACUUUUAUCUAUUUAUUUUUUUGAUACAGAAUAUAUUGAGAUAGGCAAAAUGACGUUGGUUAUUGUUGUAAAUUCCGGUAUCUGUAAAUUUUAGGUUUAUCACCCAGCCCUACAUUGACUGAAGUAAAGCUGUUUUUAAAUUGUAUAUCGAUCAGAAAUGUGAAAAUUAAAGACAGAUGUUUGAAGGGCCAUCUAUUUAAUAAGACAGUGACGAGGGGAUGAGUGAUGUUUUGUCAUGAAUGCACAAGGAGGAAAUUAUUCAUCUAAAAGGUCCAUCUUCUUCAAGGACUGAUUAGAGAGUCUAUCUGCAGCACAUAGAUCAGUCUGAAGGUUGUCUCUUUUUACUUUAGUUUUACAAAGUUUAAACCUUUUGUGCACCUAGUAGUGAAAGCUGACACUUGAACACCCUUCUCAAAGUUCUUUGUGCAGUUAAAGACUUCCUCUAAACCCAGACUAUCCUCACCGUCCUGCCCUGAGACUGCUCCACAGCUGACCUCGCCUGGCCCUGUCAGGAACGUCCGGCUGGCAUUAACAUGAUGCUUUGUGCGAGGGGGUUCAUUGUUUGGGUACGGAUAUUCUCACUCAGGAUAUCCUUUCUGUUUGACUGAGCCCGAUCGCUCUGCAGAGGAACUCAGCAUUUCCACUCAACUUAGCAGGAGACCUCUCCCUCAAAGUUUGGAUUAUUUUGUUCGCUCCAUAAUCCAAAUCCACACUGUGGCAGAGGAGCAGAGAAGGGUUUAGCUUUUUAAUUUCCUCCUGGUGGGAAAUUCGGACAUAAGCCACCUCUCCCUCUCAAACUCUGCUAUAACACAGCUGUCGAGCUUUAUCCGCCCCCCUCGCUCUGGCGUGGCAGAGCCCAAACUGCAGUUGGCAGGAGAUGCUUUAUUGAUUAUCAGUUGAUCUUUUUGCUUAUGUCAUUUUUCCCAAAUGGAAAUAUUCACAGCGACCUUAUGUAACUGUAUCGAGCAGGAUCCCAGCAGAUGAGUCAAUGCACCAGUUUAUACCUUGCUCCCACCUCUGCUGACCUAAUGGAACAUCCAGACAGCCUCAGCUGUGAUGAACAGCAGCAGGUUCUCUCGAACUGCAGCGCCAUCACACGCAGCCACCCAAUGUCAGCACCGUUUUCCAGAAAGCCUCUGCCUACUAAGAGCGUCUGAAGUGAAAUGACUUGAAUAAAUGCGAUUGAAAGAGUUUAAGUGGACUCUGAAGAAGUGCCUAUUCAAAUCCCAUCCGUUUAACACUCAGAUGCAUCAAACAGUUUAACAGCUGCAGUCUGACAAAGAGAAGAAGAAGAGAAAGAUCCUUUUGUCUCAACACUCACAGACUCUGUUGGGAGUCGGAGAUCAGAAGUUGUUAAAGAGUACAAAUCCAAGUACAACUACAGAACAAUAAGAACUUUUCAGUGUCUAUUUUCUUUGGGUGGGUGGCACAAUGGUGUAGUGGUUAGCACUGUCGCCUCACAGCAAGAAGGUCCUGGGUUUGAAUCCGGGUCAGGGCAUUCCUAUGUGGAGUUCGCAUGUUCUCCCUGUGUCUGCGUGGGUUUGUUCCUGUGUUCUCCCAAAAACAUGCAGAAGUAGGGUUAGGUCAAUCGGUCACUUUCAAAUUGCCCGUAGGUGUGAAUGUGAGCGUGGAUAGUUGUUCGUCUCUAUGUAUGUAAGCCCUGCCAUGAACUGGCGACUUGUCAAGGGUGUCCCCUGCCGUCACCCGAAGAUGCUGGGAUAGGCUCCAGCCCCCCCCCUGCGACGACUCUGGGAACGUGAAUUAGUGUUAGAAAAUGGAUGGAUGGAUGGAUGGAUGGAUUUAUUUUCUUCAGUUGCUCUCUUAAUCCCAUUAUUUUGAAUGGUGGUUGUAAGUCAGGUCACUUUGUUUCUUCUGUGCAGGUGGAGUCAAUUAUCCACACUGCAUGUGGACAAAUUAAGUGGCAAUAAGAGAAAGGGAUGAGACAAAUUCUGAGGGGUGAAAAGUUUUCUCAUUAUGCACUUUCAGAUACAUCAUGAAGCAAACUUAAAGAUUUUUUUUUUAUAUUACAUAUUUAUUAUUAUAUUUUAGAGACUGUCAGGCAGGUAUCUUAUCAUGAUUUAAAGAUUAAUCUCAAUUUUAUACUGUCAUUUCUGUUGUGAGCUGACUGUGGUAGGUAGAGGCUGCCAUCUUUAUGAUCAUAAAGUGCCAUCUUUUUCUUUUUUUCUAUUUUUUUCUAUACUAGAUUCUGCACUCAAACUGAGUGGUGGCAGCAAAGUCUGGCCUUUUUGAAUUUUUUUUGCAAUUUUUGCCCUAUUUUUUCACAUGUUUAUGUUUAGCUGACCGCUGACAGAUAUUUCUAUUUAAGAGAGGAGCUUCUUUCAUUUUCUUCUUUUCCUUUAAUAUUACCUGUCAGGGCGGUACAGUGGGACAUAUAUGUGACAAAUUCUACAAGAAAAUCAUACUGUGCUACGAUAGCAGUGGUGCAAUGAGAGCUUAAUGCUCAUGAAUGUUGAGGGUACACAUACAGACCAAUUAGCGAACAGCACCACAGAGGGAUGUAAGUUUUGAUUGAUUAUGUGUGGGUCAAUUGAUUGUAUUUAUUGGUAAAGUUUAUGUAACAGCAUGUUGCUCCACCCCAUGCCUCCUUUUCCAUGCAGGUGCCAGAGCUGCUGUCAGAGGGCUGGAUAGAGUGGGACAGAUUUAAUACCUGAUUCAAAUUCCUGUAUUUGUCCAUAAUGUAUUUUACACUCCACAAUUUUAAUAUUAUUUUUUAUAUUAUAACGCAGCUUUGGUGGUCGACACAGGCGAACAGCCUGAGCAAUCUGCAUUCGGAGAAAUGUAUUGUAAAUGCAGAAUGACACAUCAAAAAGUCCAAAAUAAAUGCAACAGUAAAAAUGUGCUGCAGAUGAAAAAAUUGCUUCAAAAAGGAGAAAUAACUGUGCAAACAGCAAAUACACAAACCAAUGAAAGCAUAAAAAGGCUUAUUGUCACCCUCUUAAAAUAAUGACCUAAGUCAAUGAUCAAGUUUUUUUUUUUUUUUUUUCUGAAUACUCUCAGAAAAUGGCUUAACUCACACUCUUUACAUAGACGAUCCCACUGAGCAUUUUUUGGUCAAAGAAAGGUUUAAUAGACAUCUAAAUGUAGCGUCGAUGACUGGUCUAAAAUCAGACUACCACAGGUCUAAAAAUGAAAGUUUUUAAGACGUCUGAAUUUAGACCAAGUCUUAAUCUGGGCUAUAUCUACACUAUACUGUAUAUUGCUCAAGGGCUAUCAUAAUUAUUUUGGUCAAGUACAUGGAGAUCAGUUAUGUUACUCACAGUUGCUUUUUGAAAUAAAUAAUUAUCAAUUACAGUACAACGUCUAAAUUCCGUUUAAAAAUAUACAGAAUCUAGGCGGUUUAAAUUAGGUCUAAAAAAAACUAGACAUCCAAUAGCCGUCUAUUGCUCAGUGGGAUUAUACUAUAAGGAUAGUAUCCCAUAAUCUGUUCAAUUGAGGAUUUAGGCAAUUCUUCCAGAGAUUGGCAGCAUCACGUAGGGCUGCAUUAUUUUGAAAAAAGUAAUUUUUGUCAAAAAAGUGACAAAGGCUAUUAUUUUAAGAAGGUGAUGAUAUCCAAGAUUUAUUCAAAGGAAGGGCUCCAUGCCUGUAGGGGGCGCAAUGUAAAACAGCUUUAUCAUUGACAGGAUGUUGAAGAAGACAAAAUACUAAACUGGUUUAGAUGAGAAAGUAGCAGUUUGUUCCACAAACAAAAGCGCACUCAGCAAAUUAAGCACAGUCAUUGUCAGUGUUUCUAACAGAAGUUAAUAUUCACAGCACUUGACUGUGACAGCUUUGCAUUGAUUUCCUCUCCUCCUCCCAUUAAACUCAGUCAUUAAAGUCAGUGUGCAGCAGCUGCCUGUAUCAUUAUGGUGAACUUCAUUUUCUCUCACAAAUCUUUUGAGUGCUGACACUGUGUUUCCAUCCGUCCUGCAGGAGUCACCCUCUUUGUGGCACUUUAUGACUACGAGGCACGGACAGAAGACGACCUCAGCUUCAGGAAAGGAGAAAGGUUCCAGAUUAUCAACAGCACGUAAGUCUCCUCAGCCGCUUAUCAGCCAGCACACACUCAGGAGGAGUGCAGGUUUUCCAUUUUAUCUCUGUGUAAGAGAGGAUGGUGGAAGCAAGGGGAAUGAUGGGCAGAGUUGGGGUGAAAUCUUCAGCCUGCACAUGGAGAAUAAAUGUUUAUGGUUCAUAAUCUGGAGCGCACUGGAAACACAGACAGUAGAAAACAAACCAACACAGAGCUGGCUUUGAGUUUUUACAGACUGCAGUAUUAAAGAGUGCAAAGCACUAAAAGAGGUGACACUGGUUCACUUGAACAUGUAAUUAGAGAUUGAGCAGUAAACACAGUGUAGUUUAGAUUUACAGAGGGUGGAGCAGAGUCUGUAGAAUGCAGACAUGAGUGCGGUGUUCCUGCAAGAAGUUCCUCCAAGCUGGGAGAGGAAGUGCCUGUUACACCCACAGAGAUGUUUGCCCCUCUUUCCUCCAGUCAGCACAACAGCAAACUGGCUUUGUAUGUGUGUAUGUGUGUUGGAGGAGCAUCAUUGUGUUAUCCUGUUGUUAACCAUCCCGCCCCCAGCUUGUGGAUGGUUUUCAUUUCUCUGGGUGUGUGUGGGGUUUAGUUUGUUGCAGUGACAUGCGAGGAGGCUGCAGGCUCUGAGCUCUGACUCUGUUUCUUUAAAGUCAUACUGUAACUAGUUACCAGUUUAAAGAGAUCCUCCAGCUUCGCCCUGAAACACUUAACCCAGCUCUUUGUGAAUAUUUCUGCACUUGGUUCACCAGACAAUGACGAUAAUAAUGAUGAUAGAUGGUGACGUUGAUGAUGGUGCCAUGGUAACUUUAUUUGGUCAGGGUUCCAACACAGAAUUUCCAUUCUUUUCCAUACCCUACUUUUUAGAAUUAUUUUUGAAAAUACCUUCUUUUCUAUUCUAGAAAACAGUUUUUUUUUUUUUUUACUGUGGUGAUAGUCUGGAAACAUAAAUAUUUUUUUUCAUAAUCUACUUUAUUUUUUUAUUUACUAUACUUUCUUAGACCUGGAAAUUCAUCAAAUUACUUUUCCAUACUUUGGUUAAUGAAUUGGGAGUGGUUAUGCAUUAGUUAAAAUGAAAAUGAAAUUGCAUUACUUUAUUUAUUUACUGCAUUACUAGUGUGGUUUCCUUCUAUCUAGAUGUUGCUUGUGUUGUAUUUACUCAGAAAUGUACAUUGAUUCGGGCAAAAGUAUCGGCUAAAUGAUAUUGUGGAGUUGUAAUUCCAUUCAAACACCACUAGGCACGGCAGGUGAUGGCAGGUGAAGUCAAGUGUCUUGACCAAAGACACUUUGGCAUGUGGACAGCCCUGGGAUCAAACCCAGACCUUCCAAUUAGGAGUGGUGCGAAUCUACCACUGAGCCACAGCAGCCCAAGUAGAGAUGCACCAAUCCAUUUUUUUCUAUUCCAAUCUGAUACUGAUACCUGGGCUGAGCAUAUCGGCCAAUAUCCGAUACCAAUCCAAUCCUACUGUUGAAUGAAUGAACUGUAUACCUUGCCCUGUGAGUGAAGGCAUCAGACUUGACAUUAGCCUUGGGAACAAAUUGCACAUUAGCAACAGCAAAAAGAAAGAAGACCUCUGUGUAUUAAAGGAAAAAUUACUUAAAAGAAAAAAAAGUGGAUCGAAAUGCUGGAUUCAGCUGAUUUGUCAAUAACGGAGCCGAUAUCCGAUCCAAAUGUGGGAUCGUGCAUUCCUAAGCCCAAUGGUGGUGGUGAUAAUGUGCUUGAAGAUUAAGUAUACACCAGAAUUUGGCAACAUGAUUCCAUGUGGAGCAAAGAAUAACACAGAAUAACAAUAGUGCCUCAGUGCGUCUACCCUGUGGCCCUAACUAACCCUGACGCUAAAGAGGAGUAAGCCUGUGAUUUUUCUGUUCGACACAAAAAUAGCUGUUUUGUUUAAUAAAUUCAAGAGAAAAUGAUGACCCUUGAUAAUUUUACUCUCUUUUUUUUUCCUGCAAGGAUCUUUUGUUGUUUUUUUUACAGAAAAGAAACACUUUAACUUGAAGGCCUCUGACAGAAAUUACAGCCUGUUUUGUGGCUGCUGCAGAAGAAAAUCCAAAACUCUUGAGUCAAAAUAAUGCAAAUGAAUGCAGCUCUGGUGUUUGGAAAUGUACCGAUACCUUCCUCCUUACAGGCACAAACUGUACUGCAGCAGGUUAGAUAUGAAAUGUUAAUGUCUGAGCCAUAUGGGCCAUCUCCAGAUGAAUUAUGCAGGGUCUUUACUGAACACGUCGGCCACCUUAUCGCCCCUGCCUGUGGCCCUGCAAGGUCAGCCUUCCUUGUCACCACACCCUGUCAGCAUCCUGUCCAGCUGGCGUGCCGCACAUUCCAGUGCACACCUCAGUCUCUGCAGGUCCUCCACCGAAGCAGGAAGACCGUGACAUUGUAGCCAAGACUUCCUGCUCUUCCUCCUCGCUCUGACCUCCUCUUCCCCUCCAGCAGGGCAAGACAGAGCUGCAUCUUCCACCCUAUUUUUACCUCCUUCCCACUGCCUCACGCAGCCUCAAAUACAUCCUGGGGCUCCUCCACACUGACCCCUGCUGGACAAACGGUGGUAGGAAUCCUCCGCUCCUGAGCUUGCACAGAGUGAUGGACAGGUACCAGAGCAGGCGGGGGCUCAAGAGGAGCAAGACCACCAGAAAUCCCACCACCAGCACUAGCAGCCUGCCUUAGCCUCACUCUUUAUGUGGUGGCAUCCUGCAAACCCCGGCCACUGUGGCUGACUGUAGCGUCAAACUGUCAAACGACUGUAACCUGGCGUGCUGAAUCAGAGGUCCUGCAAAGUUUUUCAACAAUUCACUCACAGGUCUCUGCAAGAAUUAACAUAAAAAUGAUCAAUUCAAGGCCGUAUGUACUCUAAUAGUUAUGUUUAUGUCUUAAGCAUAGAGGAUAUGUGAUGAAGACACUUCCUGAAUAACUUUCAAAGUAAAAGCCCAAUCAGUUUUAUUUGUGUACUGUCCUGGUUUUAUUCUGAAGCUGCAUCAGGAUCGUUAUCUGAUCAAAAGAGUGACUUGCACAGGAUAAAAACUUGAACCAUAUUAAUGAUCAAAUCCUCCCAUCAGGUUAUGGAAAAUCUGCAAAUUUUACAAUCUUCCUGUCCCUCUGAUCCUCUCUCUGUCCAUGUAAAAUUAAAACUUGUAUUUUAAGUAAACAAAAUUUUUUCUUCUUAUACCAACCCUUCACACUGUUUGAACUAGAAAUGCACUGAUCAGUUUUUUCCAAUCCGAUACCGAUACCUGGGCUGAGCGUAUCAGUCGAUAUCUGACACCGAUUCAAGCCUACUGUUGAAUGAAUGAAGUGCAUUCAUCAGAUAUCCGAUCCAGUUAAUUUGUCAAUAUCGGAGCCGAUAUCUGAUCCAUCCCUAGUUUUAACACCUGAAAGCAUCCCCUGGUGUUUAAAUCGUAAAUCAGAGAGCUCUAAAAGCUGUUUUCAGCAUGGGCAGCAUGAAUUGAAUUGAAGCUGUCAUAUAAUGUGCUGUUUAAGUGUUAAGGCUUAUUGCAGAAUAAAGUUUUAUGUGUUUUUUUUUUUUUUCUCUCUCUCUGUCUGUCUGGUUUUCAGUGAAGGGGACUGGUGGGAUGCUCGCUCGCUCACCACCGGUGGCAGUGGAUACAUUCCUAGUAACUAUGUGGCUCCAGUGGACUCCAUCCAGGCCGAGGAGUGAGUCACCUACGGCUGCAGUCCUACCAACACUCGCUUUUUUGCCUUUUUGAUAUUGCAUGUGUUUAACUAAGAGUAUUCCUAGAAAAUGAGAAAUGAACCAGUCAAAUAAAAAACUGUGUGUCCUCCUGGGGAUAUGAAAAUGCUCGAUAAAGGUCACAGCAGCCUGCCAAAAACACUCCAUUAUUGUUUGAAUGUCUGUGCUCAGACAACUUGUAUUUCCUGCCAAGUGCAGAUUUUGACCUUUUAAGUUUCUGAUGGAAAAGUUGGAGGUCAGUAUGAAGAUUUAAACUCUAAAUAUUCAUGUCAAAGUGAGAACUGCAGAUUGAUUAAUACCCUUGAAUCACAAAUCAAAGUUUUUUUUUUUUUUUGCAUGCUUAACAUAAAAAGGACACCCUGUAGAUCAUUAGAUAACUUCAAUCUUUCCUUACACGGGAUGAGGUUUUGGGGUUAACAUGUUGUUUUCUAUAAUCACAGCUGGUACUUUGGUAAACUGGGCCGCAAAGAUGCUGAGAGGCAGCUUUUGUCCACUGGAAAUCCUCGAGGGACCUAUCUCAUCAGGGAGAGUGAAACCACAAAGGGUAAAGCCACACAGAGCUUUCUAUAUUGACAAGAUGAUCCUCAAAUAUGUUUGUGCCCUCCAAGUUUUAGGCAGGUACAAGAAUUUCUCGAUACUUACAGUUCAUUGUAAAAAUGUAGAGCCCAUGUUAAAAAAAAAACAGGAUUGAGAGAGAGCUAAAAGCUAGAUUCCUCAACAUGUUCAUUCCCAUGUCCUCCGCAGGUGCCUUCUCCUUGUCCAUACGGGACUGGGAUGACGUGAAAGGCGAUCAUGUCAAGCAUUAUAAAAUCCGUAAGCUGGACAGCGGCGGCUACUACAUCACCACCAGGGCUCAGUUUGACAUGCUGCAGCAGCUGGUGCAGCAUUACUCAGGUAUGAACACUAAAACCAUCAGAAAUCUGGAUUUCAGGCAACAAAUGUAAAUGUUUGUCAGUUUCGAUUACAUUUUAAUCAGUUCCAAUCCAUGUUUUUUUGUUGUGAGGGAGAUGUUGCAUUAAAAACCUGCAGAAGCUCAAACAGCAACAUCGGAGCUCCUCUGCAACCCAGUGUCCAUUUCCUCAGAUUGAUCCAGAGUGCAUUAAGCAGACAUUGAUACUCUGUAAUCACAUCAGUCUGCUGCACAUGUACACAUUAAGAAAUCAAAGCUGGCACUGAUCAUCAGGCACACGUAGAAAGACAUUCAGAGCUGAUGCACGCCAGAUUAGCUGCCUCACUCACAUGGUUGAGUUUUUCUCAUACUCCUAUUCUUUUUUAGUGAACAAAAACAUGAUGCAGUUUGAAAGUAGAAACACAGAGACUGAGAGAAAUUAGUGUGAGAUUAUCCAUGCAUGCUGUGUUUCUUUCAGGAGAUGACUUCUGCACCUGUCCAUCAGACUAACAUCUUUUAUUCACAGAUUUACAGGAUGAGGCUUGUGCAGUCUGUGUUCCUUUGCCUCUCCUUGUAACAUUGAUCUAAUGAUUUAAAUCUGUGUCCUAUAACCUGAAUGUUAGCUCUUUCAUGCAGAAAAGGAUAUUUUUUUCCCCACCAUGCUCCGAAAUCAACAGUAUGGAUUUUCUGUAUGUGUUUGUGUCAUGCCGCAUUAACCAUCCUCCAUGUUUAUCAAGCUCUCCAGAUGACAAGUGGAGCAGGAAACAUGUCUUUGUGAAUAACCUUCACUUUCUUCAGGGCUUCAGCUUCAAUUGCUUUCUGCUUUCCUCUGUCUUUUACAUCUUGAAAGAGUCGCUGAGUGUUGUUCUUGAAUCAUGUAAUGUGGUUGUUCUUCAUUUUUAUCUGAAAGGAUGAAGAGGGACCUUGAUAUCAAACGCGUCUGAAGUCAAACUGUGACGUUUAAAGGAACAAAUAGUUUCUUCCUUUUAGACAUGAAGGUGGAUUCAAAAGCAACAAAUUCUCACUUGCUUUAUCUCACACAGUGGAUAAGGCAGUUUAAACACUUAAAAAGUAAAGAGGAGCCCAUCAAAUAUAGUGUGGAUAGGUCACAGCGUUUGUCCUACAUUCAGGCAGUCCAUCUGUCCUGUAGUUUAAUAGCAAUGCAGAGCUGUGAGGAUACAGAUGUUUAAUGAAUCUGUGUGUCUCUCAGAUCUUAAUGCCUGUUUUUUCUCUGUUAACCUCCACCCUACAGUGUAGUUUUCACUAACCUGCAGAGGUGCAUCAGGCUUUAUUAUCAAACUAUGAUUUAUAUCAGUGGUUCUCAACUGGUCUCACUCUGGGACCCACAUUUUCCCAUGUUCCUGAAGUCAUGACCCACUUUUAUAAAAUUCAUAACAAGCAAAUUUAGUUUUAAUUAUUAAAUUAAAAAAAAACCUUUAAAGACUUGAAUCUUUAACAUAAAUACACCUAUGGUAUUGGGUAAAGUGCAUUUCAGAACACAUGAACUGAGGAUGACAACUACUAAAGUUGCAUAUACAGAAAAUAUCAAAUUGCAGAAAAUAAAAAACAAAAAAAACAAAAAAAAACAUUUAUCCUUACUGCAUACAGGGUUCAUUAAUAGGAAACCAAGGAGGAACACAACAUAACACACGCCUUUCAAAAUAAGCUAUUUUCCAAAAUAAAAGACAUGUCAAACAUCAGAUGCGCAUUAAAUAUUUACUUUUUUGACCUGCUGUUUGCGACCCAUCCAGAACGUGUUCGUGGCCUACUUUUGGGUCGGGACCCACCAGUUGAGAACCAUGGAUUUAUAUUUUGCCAUCACUUCGCAUCACAAUUUUUAUAUAGUUUGCACUCAAAGUCCAGCAAAGGUGAAAAAGGCUCUUUGUUUAUUUGCAACCAAAACAUGAAGCUAAGAUCUGAUCAUAAGGAUUUGUUGGAGAUAUAUUUUCUGAUGCAUGUUAAAGCAAAGCUAGACCACCUUUGAACUGAUCUCCUAUGAUGCCUGUUCAACCGGGUCUGAACUCGUGAGACAGAAGGUGGUGGUUUACAUGUCAUAGCAGCUUCUCUCUACCAGUAUAACACAAACUGUGAUGUGAAAAUAACAGGUUGAAACCUGAUCUGAGUAAAACAUAAAAAAAAUUGAAGAUACCACGUCUUUCUAAGAAGUACAAGCUGUGCUGAUGGCAAGUGUUUGGAUACCGUCCACAUAUUGACGGGUUUUAUGACUGCCAGCAAGGUGACCAUGGAGCUGCGUUAAUGUCUGGGUGCAGCAGCUGAGUCAGCAGGCGGGAUGCACAGAUGGGCUGUGAUGGCCCAAGCUGCAAGUUGAACAGUCUUACGGGUCAGUCGCAGGCCUUUAUCUCAGCUUUACUGCCCCGCGCAAACAACCCAGCCUUAUCUCUGUAGGCGAGGAGGGACAGGGGGAGGUCGCUUUGUCCCUGUAGUGUCUGAUUAGACAUCAACAUGGAAGAACCAAUAUAAAUUCAGCUUCAAUCCAGAGCCUGAAUCAAUGAGAGACAAAUAUGAUCACUUCCUCCAGAGUAAAAGGCAGAGAUGUUUGAUGACAUGGUGUCACUGUUAAAGAGACAACAGCCAAUAGAAAGAAUCAAACAGCUGGAGAGUCGAUCUGCCGCUUAAACAAGCAUUAUCACUGUCCCUGAGCUCCUUCUAUAUGUUUGACCAGAGGUAAACAUGAACAUUACUCAAAUGAGUGACUGCCUAUCAGCUAUCACUUUACAUACUUAUUAUUUUAAAGGGGGGGGUCACUUAGCAGACGCUGUUAUCCAAAUCAACGUACAUAACAGACAAACCAGGGAUAAGGGGGAAUCGAACCACCAACCUUCCAGUUGUUGGACGACCACUCUACCUCCUAAAGUACUGCCUCCCCGAUCUAGUGAUUGUAGAUCAAAAAAUUUAACCUUCUGGGGCCUUAAAAUAAAGUUACGUUUAGGUCCCUAGAUGGACAAAAAAUCAACGUAUAUAACAGACAAACCAGGGAUAAGGGGGAAUCGAACCACCAACCUUCCAGUUGUUGGACGACCACUCUACCUCCUAAAGUACUGCCUCCCCGAUCUAGUGAUUGUAGAUCAAAUAAUUUAACCUUCUGGGUCCUUUAAAUAAAGUUACGUUUAGGUCCCUAGAUGGACAAAAAUGUCCAUCUCCUAGCAGUGCUAUAAAAAUAUCAAACAUUAAUAUUUUUUCCACUUUUUUUUUGCUUAAAUCUUUUGAUUAACUUCAUUCCUGAUCACAUCUAUCAAAUAUUAAUUCAUUUUCAUAAUUUUAACCCUUUAAAUGCCAGUUUGACAAUAUGAUGUCAAAGUUAUUUUUGAUUAAAAAAAAUAAUUAGGAGUUAUUUUCCAUUUAUUAGAUGCUGGACAGGAAAUGCUUUGUGUUUUUUUUUUUGUUUUGUUUUUUGUAUCAAGGUCUAUGAUGUGUCAGUAAUAAACAACAACAUUAAUUUUGUUGCAUUAUUAUGUUUAAUGUAUUGCCCAAUUUCUAAAAAAGGUCUUAAGUCCUAAUCAUAACUACCAAAUAUUCAUUCAUUUUCAGAAUUUUAACCCUUGAAAUGCCAGUUUGACUAGUUGACGUCACUGUUAUUUUUAAUGAAAAAAAAAAGGAAUUUGAAGUUAAGCGUAUCGUGUUUUUGUCACACAGUGAAUAUUGACUUGAUAUAAUAAUGGGUGGUCACGUUUUAAAAUUUGGAUAGAAAAAAAACCCUGAAAAAAAUCAUCCCAUUUGCAUUAACACAGCCAAAAUGAUCAACAAAUGUAGCUUUGUGGAGGACGCUUCAGACUGAUCACUGCUACAUCACCUGAAAAUGCAAACAGCAGUGAUGAUUUUAAACUGUCUUAAUCUUUGUCUUCUUUGUCCUCCAGAGUUGCUGUGCUGCUUUAUGUCCUCCUCCCUCUCUGCUGAAUGUUCUACCUCGGUCUGAAUCUUUCUCUUUGCUUUUUUUUUUUUGUGCUUUGCUGUUCGAUGUGUGCAGACCGAGCCGCUGGGCUCUGCUGUCGCUUGGUGGUUCCUUGCCACAAAGGGAUGCCCCGCCUUGCUGACCUGUCCGUCAAAACCAAAGACGUGUGGGAGAUCCCACGGGAGUCUCUGCAGCUCAUCAAGCGCCUUGGGAAUGGGCAGUUUGGGGAGGUUUGGAUGGGUACGGAUACAGAAACCUGCAGUAGAGGAGGCAAUGUGGAGGGGGCCACACUGAGCUCUAAGAGUCACCAGACCAAGACCAAAACACAAAUGUCAAUCUGGGGAGGGGAUUGGGACUUUAGUCAGGGAAAUACCUCGGGUUCCUGACCCCUUCUUUCUAAAUAUUCGGAUAUGUCAGGGGACUCUGCUCCCUCAGUCCAAAGUUGGCCACCCUCCACGUACCUCCCUGCAUGUCCCCUCCUGUAGUUAACCCUUUGUGCCCUCCCUUCCCUCCCCCUGCAGAGAGUGCGGAUGGUUUGUGCUUUAAUUUAACGAGCGUGUGUGUGAACUACAUCCCUGACACUGUGGGCUUGAGUCAUGAUGCAUGGGAGAUCAGCAGGGACGCACUUGAGUUGGAAGUAAAGCUGGGGACGGGAUGUUUUGCUGAUGUGUUCUACGGUAAGAGGACCCUCCAGGAAUCUUAAUUUUUUAUUACAUAAAAUAAUUAACUGAAGAUACCACACCAGACUUUUUUUUACACGUUAUCCUUUAAAUGAGACUGAAAACAAUCUUUUCAUAAUACGAUUGAACUCUUUAGUUUUCGAAAAUGAAUCAACAACAAAAAACAACAAAUAGUAAGAUCUAUAAAGUGAUAGAAGCAGUGAGCAUAAUGCCUUAAGAAAGGUAUGGUUUGUAAUUUAAGGGACCUUAAUGCAAAAGUCAUGCCAUGAACAAUCAGCCCGGGUUCAAUUCCAGCCUGUGGCUCCUUGUCAUUCCCUAUCACUUACUUUAUCCACUGUCUUGUGCUCUCCCAAUACAAGCAGAGUCUCUGAAAAAAUAUUUAAAUAGAAGGUAUAAUGCAUAACAAAUCAGAAGGCCUUAUGUUCACUGCUUGUAAAACUUCAUAAAAGUUUCUGUAAAUUGUUUUGAAUGCUUAUAAUCACUUUUGGAUUAUGUAAUUAAGCUUUAUACGUGUAUUUAUAAUGCUUUAGAAAGCUGCUUUGAUGCAGUAUAAAAGGUGGGUUCAUAUAAAGCAUGACCAGAGCAGCUUACCUCUUCAGUAAAACUCCAAAGUCACCAAGUUAUAAUUCAAACUAAUGAAGAUAUUUAUAAUGUUGAGGGUUUUUUCUUAAACAGUGUGAUUGUGUGAGGUAUGAACAUGUUGUUAGCAUGUGAUUUUAUCAGUCAUUCCAACAUAUAAACUAGCAUCAAAGUGAAUCCUUUGUAAUGACAGAAAACACGCUUUUACAGUAAAAUCACAGCCACCACUCUGCCUCAUCCCAAAGGUAUGAGCUUGGAGUCAUAUCUUGUUCUGUUGGGUGUCAGAGGAAGUGAUGAACAGCAUGCUACAAAAAGUCCAGUUUCUGACUGCAGGAAUGCAAGAUGAGCUUUAUUAUAAAAAAAAACAAUAAGUUCUUACUCAUGUUAAGGCAAAGAAACAAGAUGAACUGCUUUGUCACUGAACUAAAAGUUCCUUUGAGGAGCUUUAAGCUGUAUGAAGACCUCAUUUUGUGGAUGUCUGAUGUGUUUUAACUGUCAAAGUUGAUUACUGUCAUUAAAAAGGAUUAUUUUAGUUCAUUUUGAUGCUAGUUUAAAUGUUGACGUGACUUUUAUAGAAUCACAUAUUCACAAAUUGUUCAUUUUAGACUCAAACUGAAGGGCAGGAACCUCUUAUGUCUCAUACUGAGUACAGGACUUCUUCCAGAUGAUACCCAGCCUCUGAGAUCAGAUUUACAACCCCACAGCCCCCCGCGGGUGAACGUUAUCUGCUCACUUCCACAAAUGUCUGCACAGUUGCAUCAUUAAGGGCACCUGCUAUGAUUUACGAGCUUACCCUCAAACUAAACCCUCACACUCCACUAACACAUGUAAACCAAAUGUCAGCUGACGUGCAUGUCCUCCUCCCGGUCAGCACUCGUGUUCCUGCAUCCAUUAUUGUCAGAGGGUGAGAUAAAUGGAGGAUUUCUUCAUUGGAGUGAUUACAGUGAUCCAUAUCUUGUUAUUGCUGCUCUGACACAUGAGCAGCAGGCUGCUGCACCCUGAUGGCACAUCCUCUCAGUGUGGCAGUGAGUGGUACUGAUUCAUCGAGGAGCUUACAUGCUCGCUUUUGGGAAUCAUCCCAUAGACUAGGAUUGUGCGCUCCUGUGUCGGUGUAUCGUGGCCAUCAAAGACCAGCAGGAUCCCUCUCCUGGCUUUAAAAAAGAUUUCACACCAGGUCCACUCUGAAUCUCAAACCCUUUUACAUAUCCUUCAGCAUGACCUUAGUGCAUGAGAAAUCAUAUUCACUCCUCCUGCAUGUUUUCCUCCCUCCCUCUUUGACCCCCAACCAUCAUUUCCAAACUGUGAGUCAAUUUUCCUGUGAUACUGAUGUCAGCAUUUGUGUGCGUGUGUGUGUCAGGAACAUGGAACGGCACCACUAAGGUUGCGGUGAAGACUCUCAAACCUGGCACCAUGUCCCCGGAGUCCUUCCUGGAGGAGGCUCAGAUCAUGAAGAAACUCCGCCAUGAUAAGCUGGUGCAACUGUAUGCCGUAGUGUCCGAAGAGCCCAUCUACAUCGUCACAGAGUACAUGGGCAAAGGUAGACGGACACAAACUUGAACAUGUUUACAAUGCUCACUGAAACACCUUUCACAGUAUAACUCCUGAUCAUUUCCAGACAAAUUUAGAAAGUUCAGGGUCUGAAAAUUACAAUCAGUAUCCACAAUGAGCAUGCUGUAUCUGAUUUUACCAGCCUGAUUUGAUUUCUUCCUGCCGUGGCUUUUCAUGUAUGCAGAUAAAAAAAAGGAGGAGUGGACUCUCCCUGCACCAUAUAUGAUAUAUAAUUAUAAUCGAUGGAGCAAUGAAAGCAUUAGAGAAAAAGAUAUGAUGCGAUUAAAACACUGUGCACUGUGCAGGUUUUUAUAUUAAAGGGACCCCUCUAGAUGCUUGUCAGAAGGACUAAACGGUAGGGGUGUCCCGAUACAAUUUUUUUUGCCUCCUAUACAAUACUGAUAUUGUAGCCUUCAGUAUUGUCAGAUACCGAUAUUAAUCCGAUAUUAGCACAAACUUGUGCAUGAUAAGUUUUGCACUCAGCUGCAACGCCUUUUUCGGACUUUAAUGACAGAAAUACUGCCACAGGGCCGACAUCACUCCUACUCCUUGGUACUUUGUUAGUACCUUAGUACACACUGUUGUUGUGAUUAUGUGGGCUCUACAUGCUGGAUCCAGGCGCUGCUAGAUAGAGGUGCUGGAGCGGAGUCUGGAAUGGACUAGUUGUAUCGGAGUGCUGAUAUUGGGGAUUUUAGAUGCAGGCCAAUAUCAUCCAAUAUUGUUUUUUUUUUUGUUAAAAUUCGACCGAUAUCUGAUAUCAAUAUCGUAUUGAGACACCCCUACUGAAGGGGUCCCUCUAUUGUAAAAACCUGCUGAAUGCACCAAGUAAUGGUUUUCAUUACACAAUUUUACAGUUUUAAAAAGAUUAUAUCACUUUAUUUGUUGCAGCAGACAUGUAUGCAUGUAUGAAACAGAGGGGAAGUGUGCUCUCCUCGCCCAAAGCUUAAGACCUAAGGUAUUCCACUUAAACAUGUGGAGCAUACAUAGCUCACAGAACAGAGCCAAACUACUAAAUAUAACUUAUUGUAUUUAAUGAUAAUGACAUGAAAAGUUGUGACUGAAAUUAGUUGUAGCACAUAUCAUCAAACCGGUGACCCCCAGUCAGGACUCAGUCACUCCUUUGGUCUUAUCUUGUGUAUAGAUUUGGUUGAAAUCAGUCAGCUGAUUCUCCAAACAGUUUCUCUUCAUUUAGCUAAAAGACACAUUGAAGAUCAUAGCUCUGAGGACUAUAUCUACACUAACAGGAUCUAGAUUACUCUUAAAACUCAAAACUUCAAUCAUAAAAUAGAUGGAUACAUAUCUGUUUAGAGCUUCUUCAGUCAACAACAAAUUAAGAAGUCAAAAUUAAAGAUUGCACACUUUGAACGGUUCUGAAGUAUUGACUGAACUUUCCCUUAGUGGUACUUUAAAACAACGUUUAAGGCUUUGUGAAGCUGAGUAUAGUGCCAUCAAUUUUUGAGUCAAAGUUUACCACAGCCUUCAGAGUUUUUCAGCUUUUUUUUUUCUUCACUUUGGGUUGAUCCUUCAGCUUGGCAUUAAAGACAGUGUAUCUGCACCUUUUCCUGUCCUAGGGUGUGUUUUUACACUUUGUACAAGCGUGCAUGUAGGAGGCUUUGGUAAAUGUUCUCAGUCGAAUGCAAGUGUUUUUUAAUUUUUUUUUUCUAGUCACAAUGAUGAAAACCGCUCUUGUGUUGUAGUGUUUUUCAUUUUGAAGAGACUGAAGAUGUUUGAAGCCUCAGAACAAUUCAGUGUGGGACUCACAAACCACAGCAAUGAGCUGUGAGUGCACAUUAAACAGCAGAAAACACAGGAAUAGAAACUGUGAUGUGCAGCUCUGGCUCUGCGUGCGGAGGCCGUCUCAUUUAGGUCAGAAAGAGGAAUGUCUUUUAAACAGAGAGCAUGCACUGGGGAUUGUUUUAAGUAUUUGUGGUUAUUGUGAAAUCCAACUGUUAAAAUAGGGAUCCUUAUUGUUGAUCAUAUGAAGCAGAGUUGAACGUGUAAAUUACAAACUUCAUGUCUCCAAAACAUUCAGCUGUCCCAUUGUUGAGUGUUUGUUUCUGUGCUGUGAACAGUUCUUGUAGGAGGAUGGGAAACUGAGUUAGAAUCAGAAUACUUUAUUUAUCCUAGGAGAAAAUGUCUUCAUGCACUGAUAUCUUCAUAUUUUUGUGUCUGUUGCAGGGAGCCUCCUGGACUUCCUGAAGGACGGAGAAGGAAGAGGGUUGAAGCUACCGAACCUGGUCGACAUGGCAGCACAGGUACACCUUCAUCAAAUGCAUUAAAAGUGUAGAGGUCUGUACUGAUGAGUUUGUAAUGAAGAAAAAAAAAGUAUGUGGGUUUUCUGAAAGUGAUGAAAACCAAAAACAUUUCUAUAGGAACCUUCCCCAAAGAAAACCACAUUCACACUCUGUCAAUUAGGUUCUGCAGGUUUGCACAUUUAAGUUAAACCUGUCUGUCACCAGAAAUUUGGCCGCCAUAUAUGCAAAGACAACGACACAUCAGACUGAUGUGGACAGCUGCAGAUAGCCUGUUUUUGAAAAUGGUCGAUCAUUGUUUCCCUGUUGCUGUCCUGUUCAGGACUGGUCUUGCAAAGUUCUUGAAACACACUGUUCACUGACGACAGGGAAACAGCCUGGGGAUCAUGCUAACAUCUGUGUAUCUCUGUUGUGUUAAAACAACAAAGCACCAGUAUGUAUUCAAGUACAGAUUAAAUGUCUGUUUAAGGGACUAAUUCAAGAAAAAUCUAUUUGGUGAGUUAGGCCAACUGACCUUACCUUAACAAAAAGGUCUGCUUCUUUAGGAAUCCUGUACCUAAAACCUGAACCUGAAAACUGAGGACCUGCUUAAGUCAGGCUGAUUUGCCUCAGUGUGUGAUAACAGAUGCUACAGCUGGUUUUGUGGCCUGAUAAGAAAACUUUUAGUACCAUAUUUUUUUUAUUAUUGUUGUUGUUACUAAUUAAUGUUACUUAUCUAGUUUGAGCUCUCCCUGCAUGAAUCUCAUUUUCCAUAUUUAGCACAGAAAGCCGGAUUGAUGUUUUCAGCGAGCAUUGUUGCAGCUGUUUCCUCUGCUCUCCAGGUGGCAGCAGGUAUGGCCUACAUCGAGAGAAUGAACUACAUCCACAGAGACCUGCGCUCGGCGAACAUCCUGGUCGGAGACAACCUGGUGUGCAAGAUCGCUGACUUCGGCCUAGCCAGGCUCAUUGAAGACAACGAAUAUACCGCCCGACAAGGUGGAGCUCCACACUCUUUUUCCUCCUUUAACAACUCUUCACCUGUUUGAAUGUUCCUCUAACGAAUAUUUGGAAACAUUUUGCUGCUGUUAAAUUUAGAAUGAGCAGAGAUUUAUCAUAAAAUAAUGACAUUUUGUCGUUUCAACAUUUAAUAUUCUGUCUUUGCUCUAUUUUCAGUUGAGUAUAAACUUUAAAUAGUUUGUGAAUCAUCAAAUUAUGUUUUGUUUGUGUGGUAUAGAUAGGGCUGGCCAGGUUAAACCAAUUUAUGUACUUCUGUCCGUAUAUUGAAUUGUUAGCCUUGGAAAAAAAAACUUAAAUUAUGAGCUUCAUUUUAUUUUUAAUUUUUUGCAUUCAAACGAAGAAGAAGAAGAAUUCCCCUGCAGACUCAUUAACGCUCAUAUCAUUGCUGCUGUCUUAAAGGUGCAAAAUUCCCGAUAAAGUGGACGGCCCCAGAAGCUGCGCUCUACGGGAAGUUUACCAUCAAGUCAGACGUGUGGUCGUUUGGCAUUCUGCUGACAGAACUGGUCACCAAGGGUCGGGUGCCUUACCCAGGUGAGGAGAAAGGCGGGUUUAAACCCCCACCUUAAUGCAGUCAGGAUAAAGAAAGCAAAGCGUCCUGUCCUGUUGGUUUUUAAAAACACACUGGGCUCUUUCUGUAACAACAGGCGGUCCCUCCUGCUACAGGACUAAAAGGUCCUUUAAUGCUUGAGCAACCUUCUCACCUUGCCAGAAUCUGAGAUAACCCUUAAUUACCUGCGCUCGCCUGUAGGUAGGACAGCUUGAGUUUGAGACAGAAACUGGGAGAGACAGCAUGGAGGGGAUUUCAGCUCGUCUCAGGGAGGGAACACAUGUUUAUCUAGAUGGGACUGAUGCAGAAAGAGGUGGUACACUCCGACCCAGGCCCUCAAAGGAGAGACUGAAUCGUUUGGGGUGUUAUUAUAGAACAUUGCAUACCCCCAAAACGAGGGCUGAAAGCAGCAUGUGAAAAUGUACCCACAGGUAAGCGAACUCUGACCCAUGUGUAGACACAGUUUGGAGGCAGGGGGAACUGGAGAUGACAUUUUUAAAAUAUAUUUAUGGGGGCACUUUUUCCUUGAUAAGAAAGGACAUCUGAAGAAAGACAGGAAAUAUGGGGUGUGGAGAGCAGAGGAGGACGUACUGUAACCAUUAUGAUGAGGACUAGAGCCUCUGAACAUGGGGUGCUGAGACUACUCAGCCAUUGGCAACCUGAGGAUCUAAUUUCCAAUUGGCUUUGACAUUUCAGAUCUGAAAUUUCAAGACGUGUCACAGGUUUAAAACCAUCAUUUAAGAGGAGAUCAGAGAAAUGACGAAAAGAAGCUGAGCGUGAAACACAAACUGCUCACUGAUUGGAGUCAGAUAGACUGUGAAAGGGAUAGCACUAACCACCAAACAUCUUUUUAGCUUUGCCUGGUUUCUUUAUCAAAGAGACUAAACACAACUCACCCACUCUCUUCCAGCAGCCGCUUGUUGGUAGCGAGACCUCAGGCAAGUCCAUCGACUGCAGCGGGGUGACACAGCUCAAGGAAGAACAUUUAUAAUCAUUAAUUUAUCAUUUCCCUCAAGUAAUAAUCACCAUAUUAAUAAUUUUACACUGCAGAUGCGGUAGUUCUUCUGCCUUAGCAACUUGGUCUGAUUGCGUUUCCAUGAGGAAAUAAUCAUAAAUGUUCUUCCUUGUGCUGCGAAACUCCGCUGCACUCAGUUUGGACUCACCCGAGGUCUGGCUACAAACAAGCGGCUGUUGGAAGAGAGUGGGUGAGUUGUGUUGGCUAUAGAAUGGCGUUUUAGUUGAGCGCAUGGCACUCUGUAUUGCUAUCGUGCGGUCGUUGCUAAAGUUGGUAAAACUAGAGAAGCAAGAUGGUCGGCAACAUUCAUCUCUUGACGGGGUGUCUAACUCAGUGUUACGGUGUGUGUGACCCUAACUUAAUUUUACGCCGGAAUAUCUCUUUAAAGUGGCAUUUAUAUCUCGAGUUCAGAGGACAGAGGUGAGGAAUAGAAGUUGUUCAGGAUGGUGAAAGAAAAAGAGAAGAAGAGUUUGCAUUUGAGCUUUGAGGUGUUAGAAAGAGGUCAGCAGCUGGUCCCCACAGAGCUGUCAGAUCUAUUUGAUGAACUAAUUCCUACGGUGUGUGUGUGUGUGUGUGUGUGUGUGUGUGUGUGUGUGUGUGUGUGUGUGUGUGUGUGUGUGUGUGUGUGUGUGUGUGUGUGUGUGUGUGUGUGUUUGUGUUUGUGUGUGUGUAUUUGAAUUUCAGGAAUGAAUAACCGCGAGGUGCUUGAGCAGGUGGAGCGAGGAUACAGGAUGCCCUGUCCUCAGGACUGCCCCAUCUCCUUGCACGAGCUGAUGCUGCAGUGCUGGAAGAAAGACGCUGAGGAGCGACCCACUUUCGAGUACCUGCAGGCCUUCUUGGAGGACUAUUUCACAGCCACCGAGCCUCAGUACCAGCCAGGGGACAACCUCUGA